AAAAGAACCCCUUCACAAAAUCCCCCUAACCUGUCUAUACCUACAGUUUUUUUCCAAUUUUUUGGAAAAUUUUUUACAUACAACCGGAAAAAAAAAUUUACCACUCGACUACAGAAAAAAAAAAACACAAAAGCAUCCCCUCAAAUUUCGGCCAAAAUAAAAAGCCAUCAUCAGAAUAUACAAACUACAGAAUGUCCCUUAGCCUAUUCGCAGUGAGCUACACAUACUACAAGAAGAAUAUUAUUGAGGACUUACGUUAAAUACAACAAGUUUACCGUUUCGGUUUUCGUUAAUUUACUACCAAGGGCGUAUUUAUUCUACAAUCUACCACAUUUUUCACCAUAUCUACAUAACAACAUUUCCGUUUUUAACGUUAAAGUUAACAUAUUGAAGCGCUGUUUCGGGCAAAUACUAUAAUACAACAUCAACAGACUCAAUAUUUUAACUUUAAUACAAAAUAAUAUUUGUUUAAGUUUAUUAGGGCUUAAUAUUUUUGGAUUUUUCGUAGUUACCACAAUUUUUCAAACAGGGCAAUAUUAAACUAAUAAUAAUAAUAAUAUAUCAAACGGGCUAGUUUUAUUCUCAUACAAGAUAAAUAAUAAUAAAACAAUAAACCAGACAAAGUUUUGAUUAGUUCCAAGUUCAAGUUUUUCGAAUUCAACUUUGAGUUUUUGAGUAAUUUUUCGAAGAAGAAGCAACAAAAAAAUCUGUGAUCGAACAAAGAAUUUUUAUUCUUUCGCCAUUUUAGGAAUAAAACAAAAAAACUAUUUAAAAAGUUAUUUUAAAAAUAAACAAAAAAAAAACUGAUUGAAAAAUAUUUUUCCAAGAUUUCGACUUAUGUGCCUUAAAGUGUCGGCCUUAAAGUAACCGUAACCUUAGCAACUUUGUAUAAUAUUAUAAUAAAAAAAUUUAUAAAAAAAAAACGAAACAGAAAAUUUUUCUCUCAUCUUAUUAGUACAAACUAAAGAAAAAAUUAAACUAAAUUCUAAGUCGUGUUAAUAAUAAUUAAUUAAUAAAACUGUAAAAAUAACUUGUAUAAAAUAAUAAGAAACGCUUUUUAUAAUAUACAAAACACUUACUACGACAUUUGUAACAUACAAUCUCUACAUCUACACUUUUACACCGAUAAUCGCGCGCGUAUUUAUCUCGGUCGUGCCUGGACUUUACCGCGUGUUCAAGACGAUACUUUGGGACUUCAAUAUUAGGAUUAUUGAUAACCAAGAAUCCAACCAAAGAGAAGGACCUUCACAUGCCUUUUCUUGCCUACUGAAACCCAAAGUUCCUAUCUACAUCAGACCUACAAAUCGUACGAGGUCAACCUAUCCAAAGCUGACCUCAUCACGAGCAAACAUACUUCUAAUUAAACCCGCGUGAGGAUCCCGAUCCUCACUAAUCAUUUGACAACCGAGUCGUCAAAAUAACAGCCAAAAUUUUCACCACGGAGGAACAAAACAUCCUCAAUAACCUCAAAGUAGAACAUGAAAAUUUGGUAGCAAAAUGGUUACAGAACUCGUUUAAGUUGCAAGAGAACGCCGCUUUGGAUUUGAGGUCUACACCGUUACAACCGUUACAAAUUAGUCCCCAAAUGACCGAGGUCAAUAAUCGACCCAUAUUUAAAAUGAACAACGAUUUUUGGACGCAGGCGCGAGGCCCGCCUCAGAACAUGCCGCAGAAUCUGAGCAAUUCGAAUCAGAACUCGCCGGUUCCGGGCAGCACUAAUUCGAUACCAGCGCAUUCGCCCAGUCAACAAUCGAAUUCGAGUCAGAUUCACGUGGUCACGCCCGGCGCGAUGGCCUUGCAGCAGGCUCAGAAUCAGGCGGCACAGAAUGCGCAGAACGCUCAAAACGCGCAGCAAGUACAAAAUCAACAGAACGCGAUGAAUGCGCAACAACAACAACAAAAUCCUCAGGGAAACGGACAGAAUCAUCAGCAGCAACAGCCUGGGGCGCCUCAGAACGCGCAGAAUCCGCAGGGUGGGGCUCAGGGACCACAAUUGACACCUACAGGUCCAAUGGGUGGUCCACCGGGUCCACAAUCGAACGGUCAAGGACCGCCGCCCUCCGGGGUACCGAACCCUAUGGGCAGUCCGAACCCGAGUCACAUGAGCAGCCCCACGCCACAAUCGGCCCACGGCCAUCCGUUCGGUCAGCCCAAUUUGAUGGGUCCACCGUUUGGCAGUGGAGCGAACAGUCCGGAUAAAAUUAUGACCGAGAAGAUUGUCAAUGAAUUACAGAUCUUCAUGCACAAAUCGGCAAUGCAGAUGCACGCUAGGGACCUCGGAGGCCGAUCCGAAGUGAAACCGCACCAGUGCCAGCAAUGCCUCAAAUCGUUUAGUUCCAAUCAUCAGCUGGUCCAGCACAUACGAGUCCAUACCGGCGAGAAGCCUUACAAAUGUUCCUACUGCGACAGAAGAUUCAAACAAUUGAGCCAUGUCCAGCAACAUACUAGACUGCAUACUGGCGAACGUCCUUACAAGUGCCAUCUACCCGACUGCGGCCGGGCCUUUAUCCAGUUGUCGAAUUUGCAACAGCACCUGCGCAACCACGACGCGCAGGUGGAGCGUGCGAAAAACCGACCUUUCCACUGCAACAUCUGCGGUAAAGGCUUCGCCACUGAGUCCAGCCUGCGCACGCACACGUCCAAAUGUAUUGGUCGUUUGCAGCAACAUGCGGCUCUGAUUGGCGGUCCGAAUGCCACGUCGUGUCCGCUCUGCCACAAGGUAUUCCUUGGCGGAGAGGCUCUGAUGGAGCACAUGAAGCAUACCCACAAGGACCCCAACGCUUCAGGGGUAGCCACAAAGAGAAGGACAGCGAACCAUCCUUGUCCCGUUUGCGGAAAACACUAUGUUAACGAAGGUUCGCUCAGAAAACACUUGGCCUGUCAUCCGGAAACGUCACAAUUGUCAAGUUCGCUCAGAAUGUGGCCUUGCUCUGUUUGCCAGGCUGUUUUUACUCAUGAAUCAGGACUACUAACCCACAUGGAACAUAUGCGCAUGGACCCGAAACAUCAAUUCGCUGCGCAGUACGUCCUCUCGCGCGCAGCCGCAGAACGACGGGAACGAGAAACUUUAUUGGCUGCCGUAUCAGCUUCAGCCGGAGGCAGCAGUUUAUUGGGUUUAGCUGGAAUGGGACCAGCGAGCGGAUCUCCGAUGUGCGCAUCACCCAGCGCACACAGUGACAGUUCUUCAGGUAACGGCCGAUUGUCUUCAGCCGGAUCCGAAGCAGGAGGAUUGAACAAUAACAAUAAUAAUUGCAAUACGAAAUUAGGUGAUAUUUUACGAAGUAACAACGGUCUUCAUCAACAAUACAACAUGGAAGAUCAAUUGCAAGCCAAUAGGAUGGCCGUAAUAGCCAAUAUGGUCGGCCAAGGUGGCGUACCGCCAGGUUUAGGUUCAGAUCCUGCAGCUAAUAUUGCCAAUAUAGCGAAUCUUGCUAUGCGAUUAGGAGUAACACAAGCCAACCAAGUAAACAACUCCUCAAAUCCUGCCACGCCGCCAAUAACAAACGAAGCACUGUCCUCCUUAUCGAUGAACGCAGUGAACGCGAUGCGCGCCUCAAUGGACAGUAUGCGCAUGGACGUUAUGCGCAACUCUGUCAUGGACAUGUCGCAAGCGUCGCAGCAAUCUGCGCAGCACUCGGUAGCCACUCAGGAAGCUCUGCGCGUUCAGGAGGCAGUGAUUCGCUCGCAAGCGGAGGCUGCCUUGAGGCUGGCCAUGACUCAGGGUUUGUCGCAGCUCAAUCAACACCAUCAGCAGGAGAAUAAUCAUAGUCCUUUACGCCAUAACGGUCACUACCAAGGUCACCAAGCUCAAACUUCUCAACAACUCAGUCCCGAUCUCACCGAAGCGUUAAGGCUGCAAGAACAAAGACUCGAACAGGCCUUGAGGCUACACGGCAGCGAUCCCCGAUCGUUAGGUUUCAAUUUGGGCGGCGCUAGUAAUUUACAAAGUUUGCAGCAAAAUCUACAGCAAAAUUUGCAACAGAAUUUGCAGCAGAACUUGCAGAACACUAUGCAGCAACAGCAGCAGCAGCAACAGCCGCAACAGCAGCAGCAACAGCCGCAACAGCAACAACCAAAUCAAGGUCAGCAAAAUAAUUCGAAUCAACCGUGAGAGUUUAGUUAUUACUGAACAUGCAACUUAGCGAAAUAAUGUUGAGGUUUUUUAUUUUAGAAUUUUUGAGAUUUUUUUACAUAGUUUGAUUGUGAGUCGAACAAUCUUCUAAGCAUUGAAAGCGGCCUUUUUGGAAAAUCACAAAAUAAUCUGUAAAGCAUCAAAACUAAAGAUAUUCUCUUGAAAGUUUUAAACAAUCGACGCCGCAUAUUUUGAAGCGUGUAUUUAGGCCUCUAUUCAACUACUGAAUUUCAAUCAAAAAGCAAAACCUUAUAGUACGGGAUCCGAGGCCUAUUUCAUCAAAUCAUUUUACACCAUCUUGCAUUGUUAUCGUCAGUUAGAUAACAUGGAGGUGAAACGCACUUACGCUAGGAAAAAGAUGAGAGUGGGGAAUUUCGCUGAUAACAAUGUUUGAGAAAAUGUCAUAAACGAGGAAAAUAUAUAAUUAUACACCGUCUUGCAUUUACUUAUCAAGUUGAUUUGUACAAAAACAAAAUUGGAUAAACUUAUGCAAGACGUUUUCAUGAGGGUUUUGGGUUAGUUUGGGUCAUGAGGAAGUGAAAAAUAAUUUUAUCUGCGACCUGCACAAUAAGUAACUAAUUUUUGCUCAUUUGCGUUAUGUAAUGAGCCCUAUUACCCUAUUACCGCACUAGUGCGGUAAUGAAUCAUAACGCGUUCAUUAUAGCACUAGUGCGGUGAGAGGUCAUUAUUUUUGAUGUAACUAGAAGAUCGAGUGCACAAUAGUUAUUUAUAAAAGACUUAAACGAAAAUAGUCACCUAUUGUGGAGGUCGUAGAUAAAAUGUUGUAUAUCACACGUACGUUAAGGCUCAUUACAACACUCGUGUGGUUACCAGGACUCGGUCUACGACCUCGUCGUGGCAAUAUUCCCCACUCGUUACUGUAAUGAAGCUCAUACCGUACUAGUAAUAUAAAUAACUAUUACACCACUUCAUGCUUAUGUCCGCCGAAAGAAUAUAUGUUAAGGAAUAGAAAUGCAAGACGGUGUAUAAUUAUACACUUUCCUCGUUUAUGACGACAUUUUCUCAAACAUUUUUAUCAGCGAAAUCCCCCACUCUUAUCUUUUUACUUGCGCAAGUGCGUUUCAGCAUCAUGUUCCCUAUGUGUUUAAAAUGAUUUUAUGAAAUAGGCCUCGUAUCCCGUACUAUUAAAUUUUACCGUAAAUUUUGAUCAUUUGAAGCCCAACAAUUUCAAGUAAUAAAAAAAUUUGUUUCGUAAUUUAAGCACCAAAAAUUCGAAAAGGAUCUUUUCGAACUUUUUUAUGUUUUCUUGGAGAUUGGUGGUUCUAGAAGUUGAGAGAAAGGAAGAAGGAGUGCAUUGAAACCAUUAAACGAAAAGUCAAAAAAAAUGGAAAUUUAAUCAUAAUAAGAAUUGUUAGAAACUCUAUUGGCUUUUUGUUGAAAAAUUGUUAAAUAGGGGCCAAAAUAUUUCUUCAUAAUUAGGAAUGAGUUUGUAAUAGAAUUUCAAAGAGAAUAUUUUUCAAAUUAUAUAGAUUUUGAAUAGAAAAUCUCAAGAUUCAAAUUUUUUUUUCAAUUGGUAAAUUUAAAUACAAAUUUAUUUUAAACAAAUAAAAAAAAGUGUGCCAAAAAGAAACUUAACAUUUAGUUUACAUAUAUUUUUUCUCUUAAACAAAAUUAAAGUUGAUGUUCAGUAUUUAUUUUAGAAAAGUAACAAUGCCUAAGGCAUUGAAAAAAUAUAUAAUAUAUUUAUCUAAUACACUUUAAAAGUGUACGACUACAAAAUAAAAAUCAUUUUUAAGAAUGUAUAGAUUAUAAGUGUUGAAAAAUUUCUAUUUAGACACGAAAAAAUAUCUUCAAAACUAAACUAAAGAUAUUGUUUUGUUAAGAAUAAUUAGGUUGUAAAUAUAAUCUAUUAAUUGUUUUUAGAAUAUAUUAAUUAUAUUGAAUGAAUGAAAAAAAAACUAUAGAAGAUUUUGACUAUAAUAAUUGAAGUCAAAAGAAAUAUUUAGGAACAAUUUUUUUUUAAAAUAUUGAUUUUCUGUGAUUGAUAAAAUAAAAGAAAGUUUUUGGCCGGUUGAUGUACGUUUUAGCAAUAUGUAAUUCAAUUUUUAUUUCUUUUGCAAUUUUUUACUGUGAUUUUUAUUAAAUAUAUUUUUUUGUUUAUUAUUAUUAUUAAAAAAAAAAUUAUUAUGAAUAUUUAAUUGGGGGUAGUAAUUAAUUAAUUAGAUAUUAUCAAGGCUAAAUUAACAAAUCCCCCUAAAAGGCCAGAUUUUACAUUAAUGGCUAAAGUUUAGUUAGUUUUUAUAAUGUUUCUGCUCUUUAUUAACAUUUGUAAUUAUUAUUUGUUUAACAGAUAAAUACAAAUAAUUAAAAAUAUGUAGCAGAGAAAUUAUGUUAAUAAAAUUUUAGCCAUUAAUAAACAAAUCUGCUCUACCUAAAACAAAUAUAAUGUUUUUCUUAAGUUAAAAAAGUACAAAAUAAAUUUUUCUAAAAAAACUAAAAUAAAUCUCGUGAGCGUGAUGUAUGAAUGAGGAUACACAAAAUAUUUUUUCAACGACAAAAAUUUUUCCUAAAAGUACUUAAAAAUUAAUUUGUUAAAAUUGGCAAAAUAAUAUUUUGGAUAUAAGAAAAGAUCAAAUUGUUUAUUGUACAGAAUGUGGUUUUAUGAAUUUUUUUUAAUUUGAAUUUUCCGUGUAAAUAAUACAAAAUAAGCAAGCCUUUUUGUAAAUAUGCCCCCCACAAAAUAAGGCGGAUUUCUCUUUUAAUAAAUCACCAUUAAUUUUAUGUGAAAUCCAUUUUGGCAUUACAUAAAUUCUUAUUACUUACAUUUAGAUUAUAAAAUUGUUCCUUUGUAAAUAGAAAAAUUCAAAUUAUUCGGGUGAUUGAAAAAUUGAAAUCCGUCCCCAUAGCCACUUAAUAGUCAAUAGUUAUUUAAAAAAAAAAUACAUACAAUAGUUAUUAUAAACAACCUUAAGGUUGACCAUAAUUUCCCAUAAAAGUGACUAAAAAUAAACAAAUAUUUUACACACAACUGACACACAAUUGCACGUGUAAAAUAUCCAUUUUAGUGAGCGUGCGUAAAAAUCAUUUUCUCGCAUUUUGGUUCAGUCAUAUUGUAAAAUUUCAAAAUUUUCCUCUUGGUUUUCGAGAACGAAUUGGUUGACGGUUAGGAUCUAGUCUGACUGGUGGAUUUUCGAUUUGGACGGAGGACAGAGGGUGGCUCAAAUAAAAGACGAGAACAUCACUAUUCUAACGCAAAAAAUUCACGAUUUUUAAAAGAAUAUCAAAAAUAAUGAUACAAGCCCCAAAAAAAAAAAAUCAAGUAAGCAUAAAUCUGGGGAUCUUAAUGACCACUUCAAUUCUCCCAUUAAGAAAGUCACCAUGAAGGUAAGCUGUUUAGGUAAAUUUGCUUCAAAGAUGUUUUUCAAAAUUGUAAUUGACAAUGACUUAUAAAGUUGAAUUUGGAUAUGAGAACAAGUACUUAAAAAAGGCAUAUCAUCUUAUCUACCAAAAAGAAAAAAUCUAUUUGAGGAAACUAAAUUUUGAUUCCAGUAAGAGCUGGACACCUGUAGAGUAGAAAUCAAACGAGAAGAAGCCACACGGGUUAUCGUUUGUCUCACUUUAAAUGGUAGGGACGCAGAGAAAAGGAAAUCUGCUUUCUUUGUCAGCGCUGAUGACAGUGGCUUCUACUCGUUUGAUUUCUACUCUAUAAUGAAAUUAAUCAUGCGAGACUUAAUAUAAUUAUUGAAUAAUAAUUCGAAAAAAAAUGUAUUCUACUAAUUUGAUUUUUUUGGCCGAAUUUUGAAUAGACCCCUUGGUUUUUCUUCAAUAGAAAAAAAACUGGCAGAAAAAGUCAAUAAAUCAAUAUUUAAAGGGGAACCCCAAAUUUUUUUUAAUCAAAUCGAAGACUUUGAACUAUUAUUUCAAGCUUGUAUCCAUUUUUUAAUUGAAAAUUACCGUUUUCUAAAUAUGCAGGGUUGCCUUUGAAAUGUUUGGUCUCCAGUUUGUAUUGAUUCAAAAUUUAUUGUGUUAGACAUUCAAAAUUAAAUUUCGAUUUUUUGAGUUAAUCCAAAACUAACCCCAUUUUGAAGCAUGUAAGAAAUUGAAAUUUAGGUGUUAUUCGUGCUGUCUUGCCAAGAGAUACGAGGUCGGCUAAAUUAGGGAGAAAAAUCCAUUUUCAGCGAUCAUUCCUGAUAUAGAUAUUGGCUGAAAACUAAAAAUUUCUCAAAAUGUUUUUCCCUGGUAUUCUCUAUCAACUUCAUCAUAUUGAUUUUUCCUUGCUACAGAAUGCCAUCUUUGGCAUUCACCCUUUAUCAAACAUGUAGAUAUCUUUUCGACGUUUCAAAUUGAAAAAAUCAAUCAUUUUCUGUAUUCAAGGUACCUACAUUUAUACUAUGCCUACAACCUAUAGAAAAAUCCAAUGGUGUAAGGUCUGGUGACCGAGCAAGAUAUGUGCCAAUAAUUACCAAUCUAGAGAUUUUGUUUAAAGAUAUUUAAAUAAAUAUCUUGCGCAACUCCUUUCCUAAUAUGCUGGUGCAAAUACACAAAAUUUCGAAUAUUAUUGUGAACUAUUUCCUAGAACGAACAAAAUACAUAUGCGGCACUAGCACCAGCGUUUAUCAAUUUUCAAUUUUCUAUAAUAAUUGGGACCUCAAGAGAAACAUAACCUCAAACUAAAUUGAUGAAAAUUAUUAAGUACGUAUAAGGAAAUUCUUCCGGUGUGUGUUUGAUGAUGAAAUUUGCAGUCUGAAACGUCGAAAUCAGUGUGCUACAUUGUCGGAUGGUAAACUCAACAGGUCCGUAUAAAAAAAAAAAAACUAGAAUCUAGACUCCGACAUCUCAGAUGUCAAGUAUCAUUUUGUUGAAGUAAAGGUGGCGUUUUAUAGGAAAGAAAAUAUUUUAUUUUUUUGGGAUAUCUAAGAAAAAUGUUUUAAGCAAUUUUUAGUUGGUGAUUGAAUUUUCAGUCUGAAACUUCGAAAAUAGGCAUGUAUGGCUACAUUGUCGGAUGGUAAACAACUAAAUUUCUUGCUAAAGUAAAUACAAAAAUUACAGGUCCGUAUUAAAAAAAAAACUAGAAUUUAGACUCAGAUGUCAAAGCAUCAUCAAAGGUGGCAAAUUGUAGGAAAGAAAAUAAAAAAAUUUUUGGGGAAUAUCAGGAGAAAAUGUUUUAAGCAAUUUUCAGUUUUUUCCCAAUAUCUUGAAAACUUACAAGUAGGUAUAUUAGGAAUGAUCACUGAAAAUGGAAACUGUUUCUAAUUGAAACGACCCCAUAUCUCACCGUUUUCAAGAUAACAAUAAUUGAAUAGUGGGGGUAUUUUGGACACCCUGUACCUAUAUAGGCACAACUUUCACAUGAUAGGUAGGUACCUCAAAAAAAUCCAUAAUGUUUUACUUUGAGCUUUCCUCCGUCGCAAAAAAAAGCAAACUGUAUUACUAUAAACAUCAUGAAAGUAAAAUACAUCUCAUUGAUAUGUUCUCUACAUCAGACUAAACCUAACCGAAAAACCAACUCUCCCCCGCAAAAAAAAAUAUAAGUUUCAGAUAAAUACUUGACUGACUCCACAUUGAGUAAUUUUGUUGCAGAUUUUCCAGAAUAUCCCGCAUAUAAACGGGAUAUUCUAGAUACAAAUCUGUCAAUUUUUACGCCUACACCCGAUUUAGACGUUGCCCCUUUGCCAAACACUGGAUAUUCCUCAUCAGUUCAGGAAACCAGCAAUAUAUGUUUGGAAAAGAAUAUUCAAUUGGCAACACCAAAUAGUUGCAUUAUAGAAGAAGGCAAAAUAUUCACAAUAAACGUUUUUACUUCUUCUUAAUACAAAUAAACACUUGUUCACCCGAUUUGACAGUUUAUCAAAUGACAGUUAAAAUACAUAUUAACACAAAAGAAUGCCAUAGCCCGGUUGCACAAAGUGCUUCAAUAUUUUUUGCCCGUUAUUCAAUAACUAUUUAAGAUUCACUUAAGUAGUUACCACAUAAAUAAAACAAAAAAUUUCCAUAGCCCAAAAUCAGAAAUUUAUUCCUUUAUAGCCUUAAUUUUGUUUCCGAAACACUUCUCAAGUUUUCGAAAAUGGAAAAGGCCACAAAAUGAGGGGGUGAAAAGCCCAAUUAAAAUUACCCCCUCUUGAAUUUGUAUAUGGAAUAAAUUUUUGAGAACAAUAUUAUUUUUGUUGAUUACCUUGUAGGGAACUUUGGGGUUGAAUUAAAGUAUUUCGGUCCGAAAGGUAACGGGAAUUUUAGUAUUACAUAUUGAAAAAUCCACGUCCUUGCCCCAAAUCAAAGUUCCUUACCGAUUUUAAGUGUAUUUUACAAAAUAUCACGACUGAAAAUGCCCGAUAACGUCGUAUAUUUAUUGUAAAAUGACAUUAAGAAAGAAAAAAAAAACAAAAUUUUUUUUGCAAUAGCCCACCAUUUACAAACGUGUCGCGUUUCACGGCACAAAGUUUUUCAAUUUUCUCACCGAUUUUUAGUUCGGAUUUUUGGUUCACUGUUUUUUGAACGAGACGUUGCCGCGCGAUUUUCUUCUUGGGGCCCAAAAAAAGAUUUGCCAAAUGUAGUAGUUGAAUGGUAUUCCCAUAACUGUAAUAAUAAUAAUAAUAAUUGUAGAUGUAGUGCAGGCUCUAUUUGUCUUUCUAAACCCCCUUAUACAUACCUUAUACAUCCUUAUUCAAAUGCUAAAAAUGUUCUUGUUUUGCGACAAUCUCUGCUACUUACUUGUUUUGAUUUGGAAAAAGAAAAAUCUAAAAUUAGUUUUGGAAAUAUAUUCUUCCUUAAAGUCUUCAAAUUCUGGAUAAACUCCUCAGAAAAAUUCAAAAUCGUGAACUACCUACUGGUAACAUGUAGCUGAAUAUUGAUGAGUAGGUAAGUGGCAAGCAACCAAAAACUACUUACAUCUGUUAACUUGGCCAUCUUUAACACAUUAAACAAUACCAAUGUGAGCAAAUAUUCCAAAGUGUGUUGCUAACCAGAACCAUUGAUUGAAUUUUUUGGAAGGGGAACCUUUACAGGCAGCACGUAGACGCACAUGUGUGCCUAUUGUGCUAUCCUCCUCAUAAGACUUUCAAGAAAGGCGCAAACCCACUCAGGACAGACAUGCUGUAUUUCAUGAGGUUCCAGAAACCUGAGCGUCACAUUCGGAGACUAUUUGUUUGGUAGUUUCAUCUAAUUUGCUGCAGAACCUCCAUUCCGUCUCAUUUCUGAGUCCGAUUUUUCUGGACCCAAGCAAGGGUGAUUUUGUUGAGCACACUGAGUGGUUCUAGGGUUGUCAUACAGUCAAGCAUCCUUGAGUUGACCUUGUCUGAACAAAGGAUUCGGAUAUACAUAUAAAUAUGCUUAUCCGAGUAACCUCUCUGAAGAUUGUCCUGAGCACACACCUGCAUGACAUAGAUCUGAGUCUAGUUUACCAUUGGGUAUCUACCCAGUACAAGACUGUUUCUCACCACAGGUUUCUCCCCAUAUACGCCAGCUCCUGUACACUCUCCCAUCAGAGAUCUGUCUGUGUAUCAGGCUUAAGGAAACCUUUGUCAGUUGUCCCUUGCAGGGAUGACGAUCUUGUAUUGUCUAGGGGGGGGGGGCUGAAGUUUUUGGUAUUCCAUCCCUUCUGGUAGGAAGGGGGUCCUGUCAGCCCUCCAUGAACCCAUUGACCCCAAUCGUUAAGCCUCUCGAGCCCUUUAGAAUUUUGUUCUCAGAAUCCAGAAAAAUGAAUCUUACAUUCUCAACAUGGAUCAGUGCCAACUAAAUAAAGUUUAGCAGGUAGGUACCUAAAUUUAAUUCCCUCGACAUCCUCCAAUUGGUAAAACAAAUCGUGAAAAUGUGGAUAACCAAUUUUGGGGUCGAACAGAGAAAUAUUUUGACAAGGCACUAUUAUUCCAAGAAGCAAGUUUUCGAAUUAUCUUGAGAGUGACACAACUCUUGAUGUGGAUACUUUUGAACAUUUAGCCUUGGCUCAGAUUCUCAUCAACUAUUGUUUGUAUUGAUGUUUUAUUAAAGGCGACAAUUUCCUUCGAGCUCAUUCCCUAAAUGCAUUAUUUAAGAAAUUUACAAACGAUAUCAAUUUGCAUUGGAAACUAUUUUGUACGGGACAAGUUUCAAAGGAACAUUAGACUCAGAAUAUUGUUUGUGCAAUAUUGUCAGGUACGGUUUCUGGCAGCGCAUUCGAUUUUGGACCUUUGAGGGCAUAAAUUGGCUGUAGUAGACUUAAGAAUUGUGAGCAAAGGGAUGCAGUGCUGUGCUAAUCAUUGAUAUUCAUUUUAAGAAUACUGUGAAUGGAGCCUCACAUAUGGUCCCACUGUUACUGUCAAAGUCGAACAACUCUUAAAAUAGCUGGCUGUACAGUAUAGAAAAUACUGUAAAGUUUUCUUACGGAAGUUUCAGUAUACUUUAACUUGAAAUUUAUGUCAGUGAAUUGCUCGAAAAUAUCCGCUUUGUGUUGGAUAACGAGGUGUCGCUUUGAAAGUUUGCGUUUCCGUGAUAACAAAAACUGUAUACAGAAGAUAUCGAAAGUACCACAUUCUCCCCAGGUUUAUUUUUCAACAUAAUCGUCUUGAUCCACGACGGAUCUGGUUUUCUAGUUGUGGCUCACAGUGAAUAGAUUGAGACUGGUUCAUUGUCUCACUAACAUGGUUAUCAGCCAUUAUUUUCUAAUUGCAGUGGACUUUCAUCACCACAUGGAGCUAAGGGUUUUAGCGAAACCGUUGCUUCUCGUCCAUUUGAAAGUCCAACUAACGCAUAUUGAGGGUUAGCUUCAAUGUGAUUUAAUUUUUCAACGAGAGGAUCGUACUUUGAUUGUCUGACAUGCUUUUUCAUAUAAUUUUUUCCAGAAGUUGCCCCUGAUACUUGCCCCUGAUGAUGGAACUCUCUAGUUCCGAAACAUGUGGGGCUCUAUAAAAUAAUUAAAGUUUAUUUGUGGAGAAAGACUUGGUGUUUUUCUUUGAAAAUUAAAUUUCAACUCCACUUUGAGUCAUGGACUACUUCUUCAAUUUCAAAUAAAAGCCUAAAGCCAAAAACUAAUAAAAUAAAUAAUUUAUGGUAGACAGAAGUUGUGGGUUAAGGACGAAGUGGAAUGAAGCUUUCUCAUUUAUAAAUUCGCCGACGUUUCGACGUUGUAUUCAGGUCUUUAUCAAGGCUCUUUAUGUAACGAAAGUUUCCCAGUCGCAAGGCUCAAGAUACAAUUCCAUAAUUACAACCGGACAAAUUCGGAAUCAUGGAAUUGUAUCUUAUUGAGCCUUUUGACUUGGAUACUUUUCUUCUAUAAAGAGCAUUGAUAAAGACCUCAAUAAAAGGUCGAAACGUCGGCGAAUUUGUCAAUAAGGCAGUUUCAUUCCACUUCGUCCUUGUAGAUUGUAGAUUGUGGGGAUAGUCGUUUCGGCUUUCCAGCCGCUCAGCACUGUUACCUUUGCAGAUAUGUUGUAUGUGAUUCUACAUCUUAAAUUGUCUCCAGGAAGCGUAGACUUCUGCCAAAGGCAGCUAUUUUUCUUAGUGUCCGUUGACCCACUUCUUCUGGUGAUAGUGUUGCCUCCUCGAGGAAUUUGAGCCUCUUGCAGAAUUGAGCUGGACAUUCGCAGAGCAGGUGCUCUGCGGUCUCUAUCGUGUCUGAGCAGAAUCUGCAGAGAUCAUCUUUAACCUUAAGUGGUGUUUAACCAGGUAGUGUCCUGUGAGCAGUUCUACUACGACCAUUCUGAUGUCUGGUCUGCCCAUGCUUAGGAGCUGUUCAGCUCUUUCUACUGGAAAGGUGAUAAACCUUUUUGACUGUCUUAGUCCCGGAGUGUGCCUCCAAUGUGAUGACAGUUGGCCUUUCUUCAAUUUGUUGACUUUUUCUAUGAUGUGGCUUUUCAUUAAACCACAAUAGGGCUCUGGUCCAUAGUAUGGUGUGGAGGCCCCCUCUUUUGCGAGGCUAUCUGUUUCUUCGUUUCCUUCUAUGCUUCGAUGACCAGGCAGCCACAUCAGCGUCAUCUGGUUGUGUGUCGCUACUGUUUUUAGGGUCUGUUUACACUCUUAGAGUUAGUUUUGAGGUGCAUUUGAAAGCCCUUAAGGCUUUCAAGGCAGCUUAGCUAUCUAAUAGUAUAAAGAUGUAUUUUCCUUUGAGAUACUCUUGUGUAAAUAUGUUUACAGCAAGCAGUUCGGCUUGAAAUAUUGUAAGAUGUUUGCCCAAUGUCUUGGAGAGCCUAAACUUAGGGCCUGAAUUGCUCAGUCCAACUCCUUCCGUUAGUUUGGAUCCAUCUGUGUACCACAGAGCUUGUUAUUACCACUACGAAAGGGAUCUCUAAGUCCAAUCUGACAAUCAUGUGGUGGCUUGGUGUGCUGGCAUUCUCCAGUUUUAUUAUUUCAAAGAUGCGCAGAUGUCUCCUCAGAUCACCAGGCUUGAACUUGUCUGUUUCGAAUAGCCUAUGAGCGCUGAUUAUUGCCUCCUUUUUCACACAUAGGUGGAGUGGGGGCAUGUUAAGCAGCGUCUCUAGGGCUGCGGUGGGUCACGUCGUCAUUGCUCCCGUUAUUCCUAGGCAUACCAGCCUUUGAACCUUGUUUAGCUUGAUCUGAGCGGUGACUUGCUGAGUUUUGGGCCACCAUACCAAUGAGGCAUGUGUGACCAUGGGUUUGGUGAUUCCAGAAUACCAUCUUUGGCUUUAGCCCCCAUGUUUUACCGACCAGUUUGCUGCAUGACCAGAUGGUUGAUAUUGCUCUAUAACAUGUUUUCUCUAACUAUUUGCUCUAAGUGAGUGUUUAAUCCAGAGUGACCCCCAAAUAUUUCACUUCGUUGGAAAAUUUCAGUUGUGUAUCGUUAAGGGUGGGGGCUUUCAAAUUUAGCUUCCUUCUUCUUGUGAACGGGACAAGAAUUGUUUUGCUUGGGUUUAGGUAUAAUCCCUCACUUUCGCUCCAACUUUUAACGAUGUUUAGAGCACUCCGCAUUCGGCUUGUUAUUACGCCUUCAUGUUUGCCCUUGAUUAUAACGGCCAGUUGGUGGGUUUGGGGAUUCUACAAAAAAAUACUUACCCCUUAAGUUUGUAUCGGUAGUUCCCCAUCCUACUUGGUGAUGGACAUUGGCGUCUGCCCCAAUAAUGUAAUGUCUGUUUCUCACUUUGCACCACGUUGCUGAGUUGUCAUCACAUCACUUCGUCCUUAAUCUAACUUUUCUCUAUAAAUUAAUACUUUGGAGGAUACUAUAUUUUCACUAAACAUUUCCAAACUCUACAUUUACUCUAUAGUAUUCCCCCAGGACAUCAACCUCCAGUGCGAGGAUUAAUGCGGGGUUCCUUGCGACAAACUGGGCUUUUCCAGAAGAUUAUUUCGCGCCCGAAGGGUUGUAACGUUGGCUCUCUCGUUUCUUGCUUCGUACCUAUGACGGUAGCUUGCACCAACAACGCUCUGAGAGGUUCGUCUACGGGCCACAUAAAGUGAUCCCUAAGGCAAGGUGACCCACAGCAAAGCGUUGCCAGCCCAAUACGCGCUCCUAAGUGCCGGGUACAUGUCACAGCACUUUUGACGAACAAAUGAGGGGAGAGCUGUUCUUGUCUCUGGCGUAGAGAACGGGGCAGACAGGCGAGAUGAAGCCUCAAUCACUGCCUGAAGAAAACUGACUGACUCUGGCCUGAAAACGGCUAUUUUUAUAUGUUCCGGCGAUACCCUUCACAAGCUCCGCCCAUAACGAAAAAUCUGCUAAUGUUUGUCCAGCUAAACUUUUGAUACAAUUUUCAAAAAUGGCUUCUUCAACCCAAAAUAAAGGAAACAUAUAAAAUUAACGUUAGCUGCAUCUAAAAAAAAACUAAUUAAAUUAAGAUCAAAAUUUUUCCUGCUUUAUCAGCUAAGUAUUUACAAAAAUGAACUUAAAAUAUUUUCGAUAAAUCCCUGAGUUCAAUUUAUUAAAAUUUGAAAUAAAAUCAAAACAAGUAAGUAUAUAAUAAUAAUCGAUUUCCCCGCAUAAUAAUAGAACAUAAUGGCAUCGUUUAAUCAUAAAAUCUCAGCAUAAUACUAUCAGCAAAGCUAAAAAAUAGAUACAUAUACUCAUAGAUGGUGCAGCUUACUCCUUUUCAAUAAUAAUAAUAAUAAUUAAUCUACCAAUAUUCCUACAUAUGGUUGUCUUGAGUAAAAUUUAGAAAUAUUUUCGGAUAUAGCACAUUUCAAAAUUUAAAAAUAGUUGCAAGACACCCUCUCAUAGGAUAUUUCCCUCCUCCAGCAUAAUAUAAUAUAUAGCUUAACUAGGGCAAAAAAAACUAUUGAAAAAUCCCAUCUAGAAAAUAAUUCGAGUGCGGCAACGUCGGUUCCUAUUAAAUUUUUAGUUAAACAGCAAUAGUCCAAACGGGGAUUUCUUUUUUUCAAAAAAAAAGAGAGAAAAUCGCCCUAUACAAAAAAAUUUCGAUAAUCCACACCUAAGUUUCGAGUUAUUUAGUAACUUUUUAAUUUUUUUUUGGGAAAAAUAUUCAAAUUCUUGUUGUUUUAAUUUUUUGAGUUACCUAAUAACAAAAAAACGGAAGUUUCAUGUUCUGAUCAAAAACAAGGGUUCGUGUAUUUUUUCGGGAAAAAAACCAACAGUUACCUUAUUAUUUUUUUACAAUAAUAUAUAAAAUCAAAUAUAUUACAUUUUUACAUAAUUAAAAAAAAAAACACUUUCAACACACAUUAUACACACGUUCGGGUAAAAUAAUUACAAAAAAUAUAUAAAUAUAUAAACACUCUUGUGUAAAAAAAAAAUAAAACAUUUAACGAACAUUCAAUAAUUAAUUUAAAUAAUUUUUAAUCAUAAUUAGGGCCUAAUAGAGUCCUAAUACACUUUAUUAAAUUACAAAACAUUUAGCGGGUGUUUUAUUUAGUUUUCAGUCCAAAUUUUACACAUUUAAACACUUUUAAACCUUGACAGUCAUCCUUUGGGAUAUUUGUUAAAAAUACUCUUAUACAAAAAAAUUCAUCAUUAUUAACAAUUUGGAAAUAAUUAAAAAAGUAUCCAUUAACAAAUCCCCAAGGAUGACUUUUCUAUAUAAAUAAAUAAAACAAAACGUCACUUUUGGGAAAACUACAAACUUUUCGGCCUUGCAAUUUCAAACUUGAAACAAAAAAUUCAGCGGUUAAAUAAAAAAGAAUAAUAAUUGCGUUUCAACAUACCAAGCAAAAGAAAAACAAUUAAAAUAUAAAACCACAUAUUUAAUAAUAAAUGUAGUUUUUAAUGUUUAGCGAAAUAAUUGUUAUGUUUUUCCUUGUGCUAAUCUGUUAUAAUCCGAAUUGUUGUGUUGAUUCUCUCCCCCUCAAGUAACCCCAAACCCUAAAGAAAAAAAUUGUUUCAACGUUUAUUUCGAUUUUUUUCAAUCAUUACAUGACUAUAUACGUGGUUUGUUCCAAUUUUGCCAAAAAAAAAUUGCAUGUUAAGCAAUGUGUGUAGUUUUUUUAAGGAGAAAUUGGAACAUUUCAAAGAUUGGAAUCAGUAGUGGCUCAUCAGUAUACUUAUUCGAUAAAAUAUUUUGGAAUGCGUUUUCUAUAAAUUAAUCUAAAAAUGGCUCAAUUUUUUACAGUUUUUGACCAUUAUUGAGACAAUUGUCGAUUGGAUCCAAAAAAAAAUGUUUCCAUUCUUUAUGUUUUUUGGGGUGCUGAAUCCGAAUCUGAGAUUUGCUAACAAAAUUUCGUGACGCAACAUUGAAAAAAAUGCAAAAAAAGUGAAAAAAAUUGUUGGCAGUCUUUUGCGUAUAACUCGAAAACUAUCAAUUUUUUGGAGAAAACACCUCUAUUCAAAAUGAAAUUAAAUAAAAUUUUCUAUGAAUUGCAUCUGUUAGUUCUUUUGUAGGAUGAACCGUUUAGGCUCAAGCGCUAGUGGAAAAUGGUAGUAUUUUAUCGUCUCUUCAAAAAUACACCUUUUUCAUUCGAAAACUUAAUAAUUUAGUAUUAAAAGCUCAUUUGGUGAAUUCCUAUUAGUUUUAAAUUAAUAAACGCGUUCAAUUUAAUUCAUUUUUUCCGUCCUUCAGUUGCUGCUUCUUCCUGCUUCAAUAAAGUGUUUCAUCAAGGUCUGUUCCAAGCGACAUAAGAACCGUUCUAGAACGGUAAUUUCCCGUCGAUCAAUGCAUUUGUCAAUUAGGAUUAACGUCCACUUAUUGAAAAAUAGCUGGGCAACUGGAAAUUACCGUUCUAGAACGGUUCUCAUGUCGGGUUGGAACAGAGGUAACGUCACCAUUUCGAAAUAUACAACCCAGAGCUUGGUAGUUGGGCCACGUUCCGCCAAAAAUUGAAGAUUACUUUUGAAUCCAUCUUGCAGAUCUUUCGCAAUCCCUUUCACAACAUUAGAAAGAAUCACUGCUUUGUCCAUGUUAAACAAGAUAUCCUCUAAUUGAUCGACCAUUGUAGCUGACAGGGCCAUUGUAAAAGGAGUCUGAAAAAGUUGAAAUUUCAAGUUUCAGCCCUCUACGACUUACUGGAAACGUUUUAGCCCCUAUUCCCCCAAUUUUGAAGAGGGAGCAUGUAAUGGGGUAUACGCGUUCUGCAUUUAAUUUUCCGAAUUUUGAAAAAUUAAAAUUUUUAUCGGAUAGAGGAGCAAAAAAUACGUCGAAAAUGUCUCUAAACGUUUUUUGCCCCCACACUUCCUAAGCCCGCAAAAAAAUAAAAAAGAUUUUUGUCUUGGAAAAUUUUGGAGACCAGACACGGCGCCACUUUUUCGCUUAUAACUUUGGUGAUUUCGAACCGAUUAUCUCGAAUCUGGUUUCCUUUGGAAGAGCAUUAAAUUACCUAUAAAUUUGUUUUAUAUUGAUAUUCCAGGUUGCUUCUGUCUCCGAGAUAUAAGCCGUCAAAUUUGAAAUUUCUCUGAAAAUGUAUUGAAAGAUUUGAAGUCGAUUUUCUCAAAAACGGUGCCCCGUGGAGGGGUAGCUCUUAUGAGCUUUUUUGUAGUUCUCAAUGAGAUCUAAUUUCAAGUUAAUAGGAUGGCUAAAAGUAUUUUUCAGGAACCUUCAAAGUUCGUGAGUUUAAAAUAGACACUUGCUACUAUGUGACAAGUCAGUCAUGCCAAUUCUAAACGUUCAAUGCUUCCUUGAGGUCUGAGUAAACCUAAAGAAGCAACUAUAAAUUCGGCCCUAAGGGCCGGUUUCUCAAUAGCAAGUCACCACUGGGUUAAACAUAACUCCAUUGCAACUGGACACAUAAGGGCUGGUUUCUCAAUAACGAGUCUCCUCCGGAUUAAUUUCAACUCCAGGGUGAGCUUGUCCAGUUGCUUUGUUUACCUUAGAGUUAUGCUUAACCCGGAGGUAACCUGCUAUUGAGAAACCGGCCCUAAGACUGGUUUACCCUGGAGUUAAAAUUAACUCAGAGGUGAAUCGCUAUUGAAACCGAGUGACAGACAUUUGACGUCGAUGAAGAAGACAAAGGAAAAAAGCGCUGCUGCAAUAUCGCACAAAAACAACUUACUGCCGUUAGUAGUACUUUAAUUGUUUUCGCAAUAUAUUUUCUAUAUUUUCAGUAUAAAAACUGAAAAUUUGGUUAGGUUAAAAGUUUUCUAGUUUUAUGGGGGGGGGGUAAUUAACCCCAUUACCCCCCGUAUAUGCGCCCCUGUCUUCUUACUUGACACAAUAAACGUAUUCAAAAAUUCAAACUUUUUUACCGCACCGUUGCUCUUCAUCAUUAUCCAUCACAAUAAUAAAACACAUGUUCCAGGGCAUUUUCAACAGUACGCGUAAACAAACUUGAUAAAUCGGUCAUUAUCAUUGUAUUCUAACUUGGAAUUAAUCCCUUCGAACCCUCCGGCAGUUGACCACUGUUUCUUGUGGCGGGGGUUGCGAGUCAAGGAGCUUCCGUCAAUGUCUACCUUCCGUUGGGCAGGUAUAAAAUUAUUUAAGAAGGCCGGAAAAAAAUAAUUAAAUCGAACGUGUUUAUUAUUUUAAAAAUAGGUGAAAUUCAUUUUCAACUAGCGCUUGAGCUCAAACGGUUCAUCCAACAAAAGAACUAACAUAUGUAAUUCAUAGAAAAUUUUAUUUACUUUCAUUUUGAAUAGAGGUAUUUUCUCCAAAAAAUGGAUAGUUUUUGAGUUAUACGCAAAAGACUGCCAAAACUACAAUUUUUUUCACUUUUUUUGCAUUUUUUUCAAUGUUGCGUCACGAAAUUUUGUUAGCAAACCUCAAAUUCGGAUUUAGCACCUCAAAAAACAUGAAAAAUGGAGAAAAUCAAAACUACCCCAAAACUUUCCCGCGAGAGGCUUUUAUAAGCACAAAUUUAUUGUACUGAAUACAAGAAGGUUGGAUUAUGUUCUAAACAAUAGGCUCACUCACAUUUUAAGGACCAAUAACUAUCAUGAAGACAGCAAAUUAAAAAAAAAAACCUUCUAGCUAAAGAAUAUAUCGAAAAAACGAUGCAUAUGGCAAUGAAUUUUAAAAUUUAUUUUCCUACCUUUCUUAAUACGCAUUGCAGAGGUUUGGUCCUGAGCCUAAAUAAUUUUAUGAGAACCCAAAAAAACCUGUCAUGGAAGCAAUUUAAAAAAAAAAAACAAAAAUACGAAGGGAGUACCAGAUACAACUGAGCCAAAAGUAGGAAGAGAAAGAACGAAUCGAAACAAAUUCCAAAAUAAAAAUCACCAGCCACAACUACUAAAGGAUAACAUUUCGUGAAUAAUUUUUGAGACAAUUUCUUAAAUAAAAAAAUUGCCCGAUUUUAUAACCCAAAAAAAAGUAAAAAUUUUACUUUUGGAAAAAUAGAUUGUCUCAAAAACUCUUCAUUCAAUUGCUUAUCCCGAAAUAAAGUAUCGACUAAUAUUAAUUUAAAACGUCGAAUUUCAUAUUCAAAAACAAACACAAAGUCAUGUAAUAAAAUAUUAAACAAAUAAAACAAAAGUGUAUAGAUAUUUCGUCAUCAAUUUUUUGCCAUAAUAAUAAAUAACUUACCUAUUAUACCGCACAUAAAUAAACUAUAGAUAAUUGUAAAACUUAGGCUAUAUGUUGUUAACAAUGUUCUCAUUACAAAUAGAUUAAAAUAGUUACGAGGCGUCAUAUUUGUUUUUUAAAUAUUAAUUUAAUUGUAAUAACUAUAUGGCGAAAUAUCCAUAAAUACAAUUAAAAACGUUGAGAUAAGUUUUGGCCAAAAAAAAAAUUAUGUUUAACAAUUUUAACUAUAAAUUAAACUUUUGAAGAACUUUUAAAUUUAUUAUUUUUGAUUGUUUUGUUAACCUCCAUGUGCAAUAACUUUAUCAAAAUUGAAACAAAUUAGAAACAAGUUGUUAAAGGUAUUUUUUUUUUUUGGUUUUCAAGAGUUGGGUUUUUUUUUAAAUGAUAUUCUCUAAUCUCUAAUACCGUGUAAACAUUGUAAGCAUUUUUAAAGGUGUAUUUAUUUCUUUUGGUUAGGUUUAUAACCAUGCUUUAAUGCGCCUAAAAUAAAAUAAUAAAAAUAUGAAAUGCCAUCUUUAUUUUUUUAGUAUAUAAUUUUCCUAUUUAAGGGUUUUAUAAAAAUAUUUUUAAAUAAUUUUCCUCAAAAAAAAAAAAAAAACAGGACAUAAUAAUAUCUACAAUAAAUAUAUUUAAAAAUAUUUUCAUAAAACAUCUUGUUUUUUAAUAAUUAUUUUUUAAAAUAAAAUGUUCUACAGUUAUAGAUUUUUGUAUUUAUUGUUUUCUUUUUUUUUUGUAUACGUUAAAAUCUAUGUAUAAUGUUUAAAAAAUUAAUUUUAAGAAAUUAUAUUAUUACUUAUAAACUUUUAUAUAUUUUUAUUAAUAUUUACGUUUAAGGUUGAUGAACAAUAAAAAAAAAACAAUAAAUUUCAAAACAGAAAUUCGAAAAACUAUAUAUUAGACGAGCAAAAGUUCUGUUUUGAAGUUUCAUCUAGAUUAUAGGGAUUUUAAACAAAAAAAAAACUAUAUUAUUGUGUAAGAUUAAUAUUUUUUUUACUUGCUAUAAUUAUUAUAAUAAUGAAGUUUCUUUUGCCAUUUUUAUGAAUUUUUUUUUGAAUUUGACUGCCAUUUUUUUUAAUUUAUAUAAUAAUUACAUUUUUGCUUUUUUAAUUAAGUUCCUAUGUUUUUACUAUAAACUGUAGAGCAAUUUUUUUUUUUUUUUUCGAAUGUAAGACUGAAUGUAUGCGUGUUUCGUUCUUGUAAAUUUUUGUAAAAAUUCGAGCAAAAAUGUUCCUCAGUGUCACGUCACCGAUAAAAAUAAUACAAAAAGUUAUCAUAAAAAUGUACAAAAUAAUAUGUAUUUGGUAAAAAAAUCUUUGUAAAUUUUUGUAUAAAAGAAAUUAACGUUUAGGUCUGUAUAAUUAGGGAGCCUUUAUGGUGGUGGCACUGAAGGUUAAUUUAUUUUUGCAAAUAAUUAACUAAAUUAAAAAUUGUGAAAUUCGGAAAACGUAAACUGUGAAAUUCGGAGGCAUUAUUCGUAACAAAUUUUUUGAAGAAAAAAAAAUUUAAAUAAUUAUUAAUUUAUAAGAUAGACAUUUAAAAAAAUAUUGUGAAAUUUUUAGAGAAAUUACGUUGCAAUUAUUUUUAACCAAAAAAUUUGAUGUAUGAAAAAUUGUAUGUGUGACAAUGUAUUAAUUCUAUUUACUGGAAUAGCAAUCAUUAAAAAAAU